AUGGAUCACGGAUUACGUAUCGAACCAAUCAGCCAAGCUGAGGAUUUCACCCAGGCUUUUCACUGUGCAAGCGAAGCUUUCGGGCGUCAAGCCAAAGAUGCUGUCUGGAUGUGCAUGAACCCAGACUGGGAAAAGCCCGCAGGAAUUGCGCGUGGAGCUGCAGCAAUGGUUUCUCGUUGGUCCACCAUUACUCAGAACCAAGAUGGCCUUCCCAACACCGUUUUCCUCAAAGCUACCCUCCCCAACUCCGAGGGCGGCCGUGUAAUCGCCGGGUGUGCCAUUUGGGUCCAGGCUUCAGCCGUCGAAGGUCAUGGUGAUAAGCCAGCAGAGAAUCUUGGUGAAGCCUUACAGCUGGAAUCGCUCUACCCCGGAAAUGAAACAGAACAGCGAUAUAUCACACAAGUGAUGAGUUCAUUUUUCCGACGCCGCAAUCAGGUUAUCCAAGAAAAGGCGACCGCCACGCCGCCCGCAGUGAUGAUCCUGGAUAUGUGCGUCGUCGAUCCAGCCUAUCAGCGAAAGGGCCUCGCACGAGCCCUGGUGCAAUGGGGUCUUGAUGAAGCCCAGCGACGUGGCGAUUUGGAGGCUAUCACAGAGGCAUCUGCCAUGGGCCGACAUGUAUACGGUCAGAUGGGCUUCAAGCCUGUCGGCACUGAUAUUGACUACAUUGUCGAUCCGGAGUUUGCACACCGCGACAGGCCUGCCAAUCUAUUCAUGCGAACCCGUGGUGGUAAUGUAUAA